ACCAUAUUAAACCAAAACCAAAACAGUAUUAACUAUUAACAUAAAUUUUUCUUUCUUUUCUUUCUUCACUUGCAAUUCUUGGGGGGUUGUUGUGCAAAUGCACUAUACUCAUUCCCCACCAACCUAACCCUUUUAUUAUACUUUGCAAAUCAUUACAACCGUGUUCCCUACAAACAAUCUCUUUCUUCCAUUAUGAUUUCACAUAUUUUUUCAAAUUAAAUGAGUUUGUAAAACUGUAACACACUUCUCUUUGGAACCAUUUUCUAUUUUCAUUUUCCCUUCAAGAAUGGCUGCUAACAUAAAUUUAGCUCCUUCAUCUAUGUCCGCCACAAGGAGGUUCCAUUUUUCUUCAUCUUCUUCUUGUUCCUUGGCACCCCAUUUGAGUUUUAGAAGGACCAAGUUGGGAUUUGAAUCCAAAAUCCCAUCUUUAGUACUGAAAGGAUGGAGAAGAACAGAGAAUUUGGAGAGCAAGAAAAGGAAAGAACGAGAACAUCAACAAUGGAGGAGUACCAGUACCAAUGUGAGGUGCACUGCAGAGGGAAUAGAUGGAGGCAUGUUCAUUGGAAAAAGAGCCAAAGAAGAAGGUGUUAGGAUUCCAGAGAGGUUUAAGGUGGUGAGUUUGGUGGCAUGUGUUAUGUGUCUUUGUAAUGCUGACAGGGUUGUUAUGUCUGUGGCGGUUGUUCCUCUUGCUUCAAAAUAUGGAUGGUCAAGUUCUUUUCUUGGCAUUGUUCAGUCAUCAUUCUUGUGGGGAUACAUAUUCUCCUCUGUGGUUGGAGGAGCUUUGGUGGACAGGUAUGGAGGGAAAAGGGUGCUGGCAUGGGGUGUUCUUUUGUGGUCUCUGGCAACUCUUCUUACCCCUUUGGCAGCCAACCACUCCACAACAAGCUUAUUGGCAAUUCGCGCCUUCUUCGGCCUAGCUGAAGGAGUGGCGCUUCCAUCCAUGAGCACUCUCAUGUCAAGUUGGUUCCCAAGUAAUGAGAGGGCGAGUGCAGUUGGAAUUUCAAUGGCUGGAUUUCAUCUUGGCAAUGUUAUAGGCUUGUUGCUCACACCAAUUAUGUUGUCCACUAUCGGAAUCUCCGGUCCUUUUAUCUUAUUCUCCUCUCUUGGGUUGCUCUGGGCGACAACAUGGGCGUAUCGAGUUACAGAUGAUCCUCAAGAAAGUAAUUUCAUCAGCAGAUCAGAGCUAAGAUUGAUACAAGCUGGAAAAGCAGCUUCUCCCAAGAAAAGCAGCCAGUUUCCUCCACUACGCCUUCUACUAUCGAAAUUACCAUCAUGGGCUAUCAUAUUUGCCAAUGCAACUAACAAUUGGGGCUACUUUGUUCUUCUCUCAUGGAUGCCAGUUUAUUUCAAAAGCGUAUAUAAUGUGAAUUUGAAGCAAGCAGCUUGGUUUAGUGCAGUUCCAUGGGCAACAAUGGCCAUUUCAGGCUAUCUUGCUGGUUCUAUAUCAGACUCCUUAAUCAACAAAGGGUACCCCACGACAUUUGUCAGAAAGGUCAUGCAGACCAUUGGAUUCAUUGGGCCAGCAGUGACCUUACUGUGCCUAUAUUAUGCCAACUCACCAACAACUGCUGCCACUCUCAUGACUGCGGCUCUGAGCUUGAGUUCUUUCAGCCAGGCCGGCUUUAUGCUAAAUAUACAAGAUAUUGCUCCUCAGUAUGCAGGAAUACUACAUGGAAUAUCAAAUUCAGCUGGGACUUUAGCAGCUAUCAUAAGCACAAUUGGAACCGGUUAUUUUGUACAGUGGCUGGGUUCAUUUCAGGCUUUCUUAACUUUAACAGCAGCUCUUUAUUUUGUCACAACCAUUUUUUGGAAUCUUUUUGCUACAGGCGACCAAGUUUUGUGAGUUUCUUAAUCAUUUCUGAAAUGUUUUCACAUUUAUGAGAAUCUGAAUCUUAGAAGAUUUCCAAGUUCAAAUUCUCAUGAACGUGACAGCAUUUAAUAACGGCACGUUUUGUGGGGAAAUUUUCCACAUCUUUGCAUCCCGAUAAAAGCCGAAGGAGAAAAUCAUUGGUUUCAAAAUUGGGGGGUGAUCUACUAGGAGAAAGAAAUGAAUGAAGAUCAUUUUUUUAUUUAUAUAGUUUAUUAUCUUAAAAAUGAGAUUCGUCAUGUAUUUAGUAGUUCUAAAAUGAAACGAAAUAAAGUGUACGUUUCUUUUUUAUA